CGGCGAUUGCGGAGAAUGGUCGGUCGAGCGUAAAGUCCGGCCGCCUUUUGACCGCUACCUUGAUGCCCUUCGAUGACUCGUAAUGACUACCUGCAUGGCAUCAUAAUCUAUUUUCUGCACGUAUAAAUGUAUGCAAUGCACCGCCCGCACGAUCGUCUUUCGCAGUGCACCGUGACGUGUCCGUUGGUGAAGUGUCCCCGGAGGAGUGCUGAUUUUUCCAGAUGCACCCUCGUGCUUUCCACGUCCUUGCCCUCGCACUGACUGUGGUUGUAAGGGCCAACUGUGACGAUAAAACAAAAUGGUUCUCUGGAUUACGAUCUAUAAUCAAGAAUUGCCCAUCGAUGUCUCGGAACAGCUCCGAUCAGGAUGAAUUGUUGGACAUUUUUAGAAGAUGCGUGCAACAGAGAGCUAUCGACACCUUGGAUACUCUCCUUGACGAUGACGUCAUCACGAUAUUCGAUGGAAUCAAUUUGAUACGGCUUAGUUCAAACGAUGAAAACAAUACGGAAUAUAAAGACAACUCUUCCGAUGGAUUGAAGGAGGAAGACAUCAGCUGGUCGGCGAUCAUCUGGAAUCGAGUGACACACCUUCUGCGGACUCACGCUGUCAAAAUCGACAUCGAUCGUAUGUUUAACGUCAACACCCCCGCGCAAAAUCCAGACAGUAAUAAUAUCGUCCAAGGUCGAAGACGCCGCCGUAAGAGUCACAUGUUUCCGUUGAUGUUGAUGGGCCUGUUGUUGAUGGGCUCGAUUCUAGUGCCGAUGGGUUUUCAAUUCCUCGCGGUGCUGGGCGGCAAAGCUCUGAUUCUUGCCAAAAUGGCUCUUAUACUGUCCAGUAUACAGGGCCUGAAGAAGAUAGCCACCAGCCACGUGAAUUACGGAUUGUACCACGCCCCGGAGGGCUGGCACGACAGGAGCCAUCAGAUGAUGCCCAACGAGGAAGAACAUUAUCCGAUAUACGUGCCUCCGCAUCCUUAGUUCUUCCUUAGUUCAAGUGGAACAUCUCAAGUAGUGAGUCUCGAUCGAGAAAGUAUCGACGCGACGCAUAUUGUACUUUCAUCGAUGUCUAGGGUAAAGCAAAAUACCAUAACCGGCAUUACUUCUUAAAAUUGAAUUAUUCAUGACGGUGGUCUUAAAUUUUACUAAUAACCACCACGUACAAUACACUAUUUGCUCUACUUUUCCUUCGAGAUAUUUUAUCCGUCGCCGCGCGAUUCGCCGCGAGCUGUUUGAUCAUGCAAAGAUCGUUCUUCAUUGAGCGAGUGUCACUUCACGCUACGUACAUAUCGUAUAAGCAUAUAGUAAAAGACGUAUCGGAAUUAUCCAUUGGCAAACUUUGGAAACGUCUUCGGCACGGUAAAACAGUUUUUCUUUUCCAAACUUUCGAGCUUAGUUUUUUAAUAGUUUUAAUAAACGUUACAAUCUCAAUUAUAUAUAAUUUUUUUAAAUUUAGUAACUACUAUGAAGUGUACAAAUUGACGAUCACGCGCAUAAAGGAUCGAUAUUUAAAAAAAUAUUUACGAGCUUGUAGAUUUUUAGGCCGUCGGCACUCACAUGUCGAUUUAUUUGUGCAAUAGAAUUGCAAAUCGACAGUAUUGUAUUAUUGAUGGAUAUUAUUUGCAAUUUGUUUCCAUCCUUGUGACCAUCGUUUAAUCGUAAACAUGAGAAUCUAGUUACGCAUUCUGUUUCGUUUUGACGUACGAACUUCGCCGAGGUCUAGCAUUUAAGAGCAUUGUCUGAGAGAAAAAGAUUAUUACUUUGUAGAAAUAUGUGCAAAUACACGGAAGGAUUUGAGUUACACUUAAGCACUUAAGCACUCCAAGUUGUGUGUGAAUAUGCGUGUUUUAAAAUAAUAAUUCCUCUUCAGAUUUACAUAGACGACACUCACAAGUACAAGUGUCACGAUCAAUCCCUAUAAUAAUAUUAAUAGCUGUUUUAUUACACAAAUUUUUUUCGUAAGAUAGAAUAGAUAAUUCCAGCGAUAGCUACAUAAAUUGUACGUUGAGGAUUAGGAUUACACUCAUUGCAAUUUGGUGGAUUUAACAGGUGACAAUUGCGAUCGUCACGGUUAUUAUAGAUAAGUUGCGGUUAUUUAUUCAAGUGUCAAGAUAGAUAUCGCAUUUUAUAUUUAACUUCUAUGGGGGAACAUGCCUAUACAAUGUUCACCAUUUACAUCUAAAUAGAUACCGUCAAGUAUAGCGAUUUUGACGCGAUAGAAUAUCUUGGUUCUACCAUGUGUAAAAGACCAAGAUUAUUAAGUAUUAAGAUAUUGAAUAAUAUAUUUUUUUUUUCAGUGUAUUUUAAUUU